GUUCAGCUUUUGGACUUUACCAAAAACAGUGCACUCUCUCUUCCUGGUCUCCAAUGGAAGGAAAUCCAGAAAGAGAAGGAAAAAACUUUACUUUUUACCAAACAAAAGAUGACAAAAAAGCAAUGAAAAAUGGAAUUCUGAAAAAUUUCACACUUCCGAUUCCAUUCCUUCACUUUGAUCUCAUGCCUCUGCGCUUUGCUUCUGCUCGUAUUCUGUGAUUUAGCCUCUAUUCGGAUUCAAAGCCACAGCUGAACUGGGUCUGCCUCUCUCACUCUCGCUCUCUCAAUUGGGUCAGUUUGAAUGUUGGUUUAGUUGCCCUUUUGGUAGGAAAUUACGUAAACAGUUGGUGGGUGUUUGGUAUUUUUCGGUUUUAUUGCUUUUGUGGUACUUCCUGUGAAAUAGGUUUAAAGAAAUCUGAUUCUUCAUUUCUGAAAAUAGGGAAGAACAGGCAUAGUUCGGAUUGUCUUUGAUUGAACUAGUGAGUGGGAACAAGCCCAAAAAUUUUUUCUUGGCUGUCCUUUGUAUGUGUGUAUUUUUACUGCUGUCUAUAACUUAUUGAGUGGAACAAUUUUGUUGUCAUCUUGGUUGCUCACUAGUUUGUUUGUCUGGCAGCUUUUCUUAUUUAAAAUUAUUAUUACAGAGUUUUGUUUUGUUGUUUUAUGGAUUGGGACUUGGAAGAUCUUUUAGCCAGGGCUAGUAAUUUUGUGCUCAUGGGGACCUAUCAACUUUUGUGUUUUUCCUUUCUGUUCCCAAAUUUUGUUCUAUUUUGAGUUCUAAGAUAGAGGACAGACCCGCAUCUGGCUGUUGUGGCGAUCUGGGAAUUGUUUCAUCUCUUAUGCCCCAUGAGGACUUUAUUUCUUUCUGAGUCCUCUAAAGAAUCACAGCUCAGUGCUUUUAAUCCACAGUCCUGGCUCCAAGUUGAAAGAGAGAAUCUUUGGAAAGAAUCAUCGCACUCCUCUUCUUCUUCAUCCAUAGAAUCACUUAUCAAGGUCCCUGAUCCACCUGUGCAACCAGUCUUUAAGCCUAUAGAUUAUGUUGAUAUUUUAGCUCAAAUUCAUGAAGAACUUGAGUCAUGUUCUUCACUGGAGAGGUCAAAUCUUUAUUUGUUGCAAUUUCAAGUGUUCAAGGGUCUUGGGGAAGUUAAACUGAUGCAGAGAAGCCUCCGGUUAGCUUGGCAGAAGGCUAGCACUGUACAUGAGAAGCUUAUAUUUGGGGCAUGGUUAAAGUAUGAGAAGCAAAGGGAAGAGCUCAUUGCUGACUUGCUGGCUACUUGUGGGAAAUGUGCCCAAGAGUUUGGGCCGGUAGAUAUUACUUCCCUACUUCUUGUUGAUAUAAGUAAGGGUAACCAUGAGAAUGCUUUGAUGGAGGAGAGUCCAAUGUCAAGAAAUGUGCUUUUUAAAAUUGGGAAUGAAAAAGUGGUUUGCGAUAGGAGGAGAAUUGCUUGCCUUUCAGCCCCUUUUCAUGCCAUGCUUUAUGGAUGUUUUUCAGAAUCACUUUGUGAUGAUAUAGAUUUGUCUGAGAACAACAUUUCUGCUUCAGGCUUCAGAGCAAUAAGCGAGUUCAGCAUGACUGGUAGUUUGAGUGAUGCCCAUCCGACUCUUUUUAUGGAAAUAUUGGUAUUUGCGAAUAAGUUCUGUUGUGAGAGGCUAAAGGAUGCAUGUGAUAGGAAACUCGCUUCUUUAGUUUCCUCUAGAGAAGAUGCUGUUGAAAUCAUGGAAUAUGCUAUUGAAGAGAAUGCUCCUGUCCUUUCUGCAUCAUGUUUGCAAGUUUUUUUGCAUGAACUGCCUGAUUGUUUGAAUGAUGAUCGAGUGGUGGAGAUAUUUAGCCAUGCUAAUCGACUACAAAGAUCAGUAAUGGUUGACGUAGCAUCAUUUUCACUGUAUUGUUUAUUAAGUGAAGUAGCUAUGAACCUUGAUCCCGAGUCUGAUAAAACAGCUUGUUUCUUGGAACGGUUGGUGGAGUCAGCUGAAACUAACCAGCAGAGGAUACUGGCUUUUCAUCAAUUGGGAUGUGUAAGGCUCUUGAGGAAAGAGUACGAUGAAGCAGAAAGAUUAUUUGAGGCUGCUUUAACUGCAGGACAUACAUAUUCUGUCGCAGGCUUGGCUAGACUGGGUUACAUUAAGGGUCAAAAACUUUGGGCUUAUGAGAAGCUCAGCUCUGUUAUUUUAACUGUAAACCCUCUAGGGUGGAUGUUCCAAGAGAGGUCCUUAUAUUGCGAAGGAGACAAAAAAUGGGAAGACCUCGGGAAAGCUACUGAGUUAGACCCCACUCUUACUUACCCCUACAUGUAUCGUGCUGCUUCUUUAAUGAGAAACCAAAAUGUUCAAGCUGCACUGGCAGAAAUCAACCGGGUCCUCGGGUUUAAACUUGCAUUAGAAUGCUUGGAGCUACGGUUUUGUUUCUAUUUAUAUCUUGAGGACUACCAAGCAGCCCUCUGUGAUGUUCAGGCAAUUCUGACACUCUCACCAAACUAUAGGAUGUUUGAGGGGCGUGUGGCAGCAUCCCAACUUCGUUCUCUUGUGCGUGAGCAUGUUGAGCAUUGGACAACGGCUGAUUGUUGGAUGCAAUUGUAUGACAGAUGGUCUUCAGUUGAUGACAUUGGUUCUCUCUCAGUGAUCUAUCAGAUGCUUGAGUCUGAUGCAGCAAAAGGAGUUCUAUACUUCCGACAGUCUUUACUUCUUCUUAGGUUGAACUGUCCUGAGGCAGCAAUGCGAAGUUUACAAUUAGCACGGGAACAUGAAUAUAGUGAACAUGAGCGUUUGGUUUAUGAGGGAUGGAUCCUGUAUGAUACAGGCCAUUGCGAAGAAGGGCUAAAGAAAGCGGAGGAAUCUAUCAAAAUUACGAGAUCCUUUGAGGCUUUCUUUCUUAAAGCUUAUGCACUGGCUGACUCUAGCCAGGAUCCAUCUUGUUCUUCAACUGUUGUUUCACUGCUUGAAGAUGCCUUGAAGUGCCCCUCUGACAGACUGCGCAAAGGUCAGGCACUUAACAACCUUGGAAGUGUCUACGUUGAUUGUGGAAAGUUGGACUUGGCUGCCAAUUGCUACAUCAGCGCCCUUAAUAUCAGGCACACACGGGCACACCAGGGCCUUGCUCGGGUUCAUUUCCUAAGGAACAAUAAGGCCGCUGCAUAUGAAGAAAUGACCAAACUGAUUGACAAGGCACGAAACAAUGCAUCAGCUUACGAGAAGAGGUCUGAGUACUGUGAUCGUAAACUCACGAAGGCAGAUUUGGCAAUGGUCACUCGAUUAGAUCCACUACGUGUAUAUCCUUACAGAUAUCGAGCUGCAGUGUUAAUGGACAGUCACAAGGAGAAGGAAGCGAUCGCAGAACUAUCGAGGGCAAUUGCAUUUAAAGCAGACCUCCAUCUCCUACACUUGCGAGCAGCUUUCCAUGAGCACAUAGGGGAUGUCAUGGGUGCCUUGAGAGCCUGUAGAGCUGCUCUUUCUGUUGAUCCAAACCAUCAAGAAAUGUUGGAACUUCAUAGCCGUGUAAACAGCCAUGAACCCUAAAUCCAGUAAACAAAAUUAAAUGAAAUAGAAAAGGGAAAAAAGAAAGAAACCCUUAAUGGUAAUAUUAUCAUUCAUCCUCCUUGUAUGAUAAUCCUCCUCCCCUUUGAUUUUUGGAAUUUAUGGUUUCACAAUUUCUGAAACCCUGGCAUCUUCGAACUUCAGCGUUCUUGAAUAUUUAAGAUGCAGCUUCUAUUAUUCUCGUUA